AAAGCAUUAAUCCUCUGCAACGCACACAAGUAACUUCCAAAGAUGAGCGGGAGGAAUCCAGACAAUGAUGAAAGACUGAAAAUGCAGAUGAAAAAUGGCUUUAGCAGCAGCCCCAAGCACAAACCAGCUGAAUAUGAGAAACUCCAGGCCAUAAUGGAAGCCAUGCGUCGGGAAUCUAAUGAAAUUGGACAAAUGGUUCAAAGGAGCUCGUGUGCCGCCAAGGUAACCAAGGAGAAGACAAUCCUCCGCCAGCAUAGGCAGGUGUGGAGCUCCGAGUGCCUCAGGCUGCAGAACGCCGAGAGAAAGAUGGAGGACGACAUCCAGGACUUUCUGCAGCAAAUCAGGCCCAGCGACAGAACUGACACUGCCGUCUUCUCACUUCAAGAAUAUGAGCUGAGUCUGCGGAGGGAGAGGGAGGCCUUCAGAAGAGCCACAGUACUCCCUGUUCUUCAACUUCGAGAUGACCUACGCUUGAGACUAAGUGAAGGACUGGACCAGCCUCUCAGCGCUGAUGAGUCCAACUGGGAGCAAGUCAUACAGCAGAUAAACUUUGUCAAAGCGCAGCAGGCUGACAUCACCAGAAAACUCCACCAUGAGUACUGUGCGGUGGAGGCCGAAAUAACAGCUCUGGGCUUGGAGGAUACAUUGAGCAGGUCACCGGAUGAUGGAGUGAUGGAGGAUGUCCCCUGGGUGGUGGUGGAUGCAGACUGUCCAUACCCGGAGCUGAAAAUGUCCCUGAUUGAGGCCUUCCAUUCGCUGUCAGAGAUGUACAGAGAAAGACUGGAGAGCCUACAAGAGAAGCUGGAUCAGACUGACAGGUUCUGUAGCUGGAGUGAGGACAACCACCUGUUGUUCACUUUCAUAGUCUCACAGUACACUCAGGACAUCCCCAACUACAGGAGUCUGUGUAUGGACAUGCUCCAGAGAGUGUUCCCCUAUAGAUCAAGACGAGAACUGCUGGAGCAUGAGCGAAAGUGGAGCUGGCAGCACUUCACUCAGAACCAGAGGAGAGCAGUGACCCAGCAGUGGCACAGAUACCGGGAGGAGCUACUGGCCCGGGCCCUGGUCACCCUGCAGGAGGCCAAACACGCCCACCAGGAGGCGCUAGACAUCCACAGGGACAGACUGCAGCAGCGCGACAUCUGCGCUCAGCUCCACGCCAAGUUGCAGCAGUGGCGGGCUCGGCAGGAGGAGGUAGCCAGGCUGGAGGCUGCUAUAGCUGCCAGACAACGGGAGGUUGAGGAGCAGAGGGUGACGAAGGAGAAGGAGAGACGAGCUGUCAUGAGGACACACCAGAAACAACAAGUGAAAGAGUUUUACCUGAAGCAGCAGAGACAGAGAGAGGAAGUGGAGAGGAGGGAUCAGGAGCGACUUGCUAACCUCCAAGCCAUAAUGAAGGAACAGGCCAAAAGAGACAAAGAAAGGGUCCAAUUUCGGGCCGACAUGCUGCAGCGGCGCAGGGAAGAGAGAGAGGAAAGAGAGGCCGGAAAACAGAAAGAAGAAGAAGAGAAACACAAACGUUUAGAAGCUCUCCGAAGCCAGGUUGCUGUGGUGGCCGAGGCUGAUCCAGAGAGGGUAAUGUCGGACACAGAGUCCUGGAGGAAUCGACAUGAGAAUGGAAGUGAUUUUGAACUUCAACGACCUCUCUAUAGUAUCCACACAUACACCGACACACAGAUUGUGUCAGAUCCAAGAGUUCGGAUUGAGCAAGCGCUCCGACAGGCUGAUUUACACAACACGAUGUACGCCAGAGAGAUUCUAUCUACCAUCCCACCUCCCAAACCUCCAAGGAAAGACACACAAUCUGUAAUUAAACUUUGAUCCGUGUAAUGCAUUUAUAUUGAAUCAUAUUAUAUGUGCACAGUGUAACUUUUCUGGAGGGUUGUCCUCCAUUUGUUUUUUCCAUGACGAUGAAUGUUCCACAGUACUGCAUUAAAUAUACUGCUGUUAAAAAUACAGACGUUAAACCUAGUGGAGUUAAAUCUAUCUACAUUAACUACAAUUAUGUUUUAUUCUUCAAAAAUACCUUGAAUAACAUGCAUUCUUACUAUGAGUGCCACCUGCUUUUAUCCAUAGAGACAGCCAAGUUUCAUGCCAUACUGUGGAACAUUUUAGGCAAAAUUUUACUUUCAAAAUUUACUGCAGUUUAGUUUAACUUUUCCAUGUUUGUUUUUUUUUUUCGUAAAAUCUAAGGAAAAAAUUUAUGGGAAACUUACUUUUUGGAACCAAGUGCAGAAAAGUUACACAGUGCAACUUUAAACAUGUCUAAUGAGCAGUCUGUGCCUAUAUGUACCAAAACAUCUCCACAUGUGGAUAUAAGUAGAAACAGAAAGUCAAUAAUAGAUGAUGUAAUAUCACUGCUAUGGUAAAUAUUUGUAUCGAUUUGUGCGUACAGACCGUCAGUGGGUGAGUGAGAGCACAUACUUGGAUUUGUGCCAACUGUGCUGUACUUUAAUCACAUACCGUAUCUGACAGAAAAUACAUACCUGACAGCAUUCCAGCAAACAGGAAGUAAAAAGCUGUCAAACCAAGCAGACACAUGAUGUCCUCUCAUCUGUCUGUCAGGAACUUAUAUAAGAGGGUCUGUGUAAAUAGAGAUAAAUAGGACAUGGAAGUCAAAAUGUUGAUAAAGAUAUAAUUUAUACUUCAGAUGCACAACAUUAUUAAAAAAUAUUCUGAUCAACCUUUG